AUGAUUUGAAAUAGGAUCCCUGCUUUUUCUGCUAUCUGUCUUGUGCGCGAGCGUCUGCUAGAAGUCGAGCCGCUCUUCACGAGGUUCUCUGACAUUCAUCUGCUCGCCGCACCAGACUGGACUCGAACACUUCACCUGUGAGGAGGAGAGAGGAAGAGAAGGUGUUCAGAUCUCUUUCAGCCUGCUCCAGAAGAAGAGCGAUGGAUUCGCGGAGGAUCGCAGCUUUGCUCCUCGCUGCCUGCUUCAGCGCGUCGGCUUCAGAUCAGUUCGAAACGGAGUGUUAUACAGCAAAUGGAGAGGACUACAGAGGUGGACAGAACCAGACAAGUCUGGAAGGAGGAAGACCGUGCCUUUUCUGGAAUGAGACUUUCCAGCAUCCAUACAACACCAUCAAAUACCCCAACGGAGAAGGAGGCCUGGGACCACACAACUUCUGCAGGAACCCAGAUGGAGAUGUUCGGCCGUGGUGUUAUAUCGCAGAUCUCGAGGACGGAAUCUACUGGAAAUACUGUGAUAUUCCCACCUGCCAAAUGCCUGGUAACCUGGGCUGUUUUAAGGACAGCGGUGAUCCAACACCUCUAUCUGGAGGCUACCAGACCUCCAACAAACUCACCAUUCAGAACUGCAUCAGCUUCUGCCGCAACCAGCGAUACAAGCUUGCCGGGAUGGAGUCAGGCUACGCUUGUUUCUGUGGCAAUGACAUCGAUUAUCAUCAUCACGGUGAUGCUCCGAGCACCGAGUGUAACCAUGUGUGUUUUGGAGAUCACACUCAGCCGUGUGGAGGCGAUGGACGUGUCAUAGUCUUCGACACAAAGGUAGGCGCUUGUGGGGGAAACUUCACAUCGCCCUCCGCAGUGAUCUAUUCUCCGGAUUUCCCGGACAAAUACAAACCUGGCAGGGUCUGCUACUGGACCAUUCAGGUUCCAGGUGCUUCUGUCAUUCUGUUCAACUUCACUUUCUUCAAUAUCGUGGAUCAGACUGAUAUGGUGGAGCUGUUGGAUGGCUACUCCAAUCAGGUUUUGGCGCGAUUUGAUGGCCGCAGUCCACCGCGGGAGAUCGUGAACGUCACUGCAGACUUCGUCAUUCUGUAUUUUUACUCAGACAGGACCAAUGAGGCGCAAGGAUUUGCUCUUCUUUAUCAAGCUUUCGGAAAACGAACGGUCACACCUCUGGAGGAGGAUGAGGAUGGUGAUGAAGAGGACACCAGUACAAUGCAUCCACAUUUGAGAAGCACCACAGCUAAAUCCAAUACCAGUCAGAAUGGAAAAUCCUCCCACCGGUACUAUGUAAUCACAUCAAGUCCUGCAGACAUGCCAGGUCAGUGGCAUGAACCGGGCCGGACCGCGGGCCACAGCACCAUGUGGACCGUCUACGCAUUAGCUGCUCUGCUAACGCUAACAGUCAUAGCCAUGGUGGCUAAGCUGCUCCUGCAUCUUACUGUAAAAUCCCCGUCCAUCCCGUCAAUCAGCGGGUCGGAUGCGUGCACACAGAGCACCACGUCUGAACCCUGGAUCAUCUUCUACAGACCUUCCACCAUCUCUCUGUUUAAGAAGAAGCUCAAGAACCACCAUGGAGACCUCAGCCCUCUCGUGGGGAACUAACCUCACCGCCUCUGACCUCUACAGCUGCUUUAGUCUCUACAGGAUGCACACACUGUACCCAAUGCUGGAUCCCAUCCAUGUCCUAAUGUGUCCUAGCUUACAAGUGCCGAUCGGUUGUUGGGAAGAAACAUCUUAACCAAUCACAACUCAUGUGACAAGUGCAUAUAAGCACCGAGCGAUUUUAAUAAGCAAAAGAGCGCCAGGAUGCUACCAAAACGAACAAGUUUCCAUUGCUGUAAAAUGGAAAGAUGUUUCUCUAGAUGCUUUCACAGAAGCCGAUUGGAGCGCACUGAAAGACUAAACCAAAAUAACACCACGGUACCCAGCCAGCCCCUGCGGAGGAGAGAUACCAUUCACUUUUUAACCGCUAAUGUAGGUCACCUGUUGUUGAGGAGCACAGAACUCCUUUCUUCAGAUGUAAGAGAGCUGGCUGAACUGGCGGAGGAUUGAUGUCACAAUCAUGUCCAGAGCAAUUCGGGCUCAACAAGAAAAAACGAGAGAGAGAGAGAGAAAGAGGAGAAAGAGGUGGAUGGCAAAGAACCAAAGCUUGAAAUCGCUAAAGUUGGGCGAUGUUCAAAACAUCUCUGUGGACCUCGUUUUCGUCUCUCGUCGUUUGUGUAGGGUUUUGAUCUUUCUGCGUUCCCUUUUAAGUGCCUUAAGGACUAAAAAACUAAACUCUUUUGUCUGUCUUCAAUGCUGUCACAAUGCCUCGAUGAUGUUAACAAGCAUUAAUCCUUCGGAGCAAAUGAGAAUAAGCACUAAAGAUGUGAUUUUUUUCUUCUUGGGGAUUCUCUGGAUAAAUGUCGUCCUGUGGGUGUCAUUGGGCAUAUUAUUCCUGUCAGGUUUUGGACUUGAGCAAGGGAAGCAUUGUGAUGAAUGUUGUGUCAUUCUGUGUGGGAACAAUCGAACGUCAUCCCCUUUCAUUUCACUCUCCAAUGAAGGCAGUGUUGAAAUUCUUCCAAAACAAUUUGCUCUUUCUCCCUCUUCACCACAACUGAAGCACUUUUCCAGCCGGCAGAAACCACGCGGAUCACUGCGAGGAUUGAGGACGCUUCCUAAACUGGUGAAAAAGGAUAGUUAGCCCAAUUUUGUCAGCAUUUACUCGCCUUUGUGUCGUUCCAAACCUUUGGAAUGCAAAAUAAGAUAUUUCGAAAAAUGUAGUUUAUCCAAGAAAAGAACACUGUGCCUCAUUCAUGGAAUAUUUUUGUGUGUGUGUGUGUGUGUGUGUGUUUAUAUUGUUCAUAAAACAACACUCCUAAAAGUGUUUGUAUUUUCAAAAUAUUAAUUAGUAUGAAAACCCCGUUCCCAAUCAUGCAUAAAAAGCUAACAUUAGUUUCCACUUUAUUAUCGAUUUAUUAGUCUGAGAACCAGAAGUGUUUGUCCACAAGCUGAAGACGCUUACCGAAUAACUUGUAAAUUAUAAAAAGUAACAUUUAUUCAAUUAAAAAUUAAAACAUGUUUCAAAACGUCAUUGGUUCACUGAUAGGUUUCUAGUUACACUUUAUUGAAAGACUUUAUGUAUAAUGCAUUUUAAAGGGGUAUUAAAGAGUAUAAUGCAUUAUAAUUAUUCAUAAUGUGGCAUAAAUAAUCAGAACAUAAUUUUAAAUGCGUAGUGUAAAAAAUAAUUGAAAAGUCUCAUAAUGUAUUAGCGUAUUCAUGAGAUUGUACAGUGCGUUACAAGGCAUCAUUGAUGCAGUAAAACUACUUUUAUUUAAUUGUAGUUAUAAUUUAACCAAGCUUCCCUUAAAAAAAUAAUAAAAAGAUAAAAAAAAGUAUUAUACAGAUUUAAUUUCUGGUCUGUAAAAUGCUUUUUUACAUGUUUGAGCAGAGGUUUUGUUACAUGUGCACCUUCUUGAUCAGGAGUCACCAGACACAAAGUGAAUCAUUUUAGGAAGCAUUUGAUUCAAUCGAUUCAAAGUUUUGAAGCUUUGUUUCCACCUUCACUAAUUGACACACAUUAUACUAUUGAUCUGAGGUUUACAGUGCAUUUCUGAAUUCAGAGGAGAGUUUAUGGGAAUGUCCAUUUUACUAGCAGAUUACUCUGAAUUUACACUGAUAUUAAUGAAUGUUUCAUGAAUGAGGCCCAUUGUAGCUAAAAAAGUGAGUAAAUGAUGACAGAAUUAUCAUUAUUAUCUGUUGAGUGUCACGACACGUGUCUUGCGGUUCACAGCACUUGCACAGCCAUCAUUCACAGGUCAACAGUUUUCUAUUUAGUUCUGUGCAGGACUUCAUGUAAGUUUUAGUAAUAUUGUAAAAGGCCAGGGGAUCAUGCCAUGCUUGUGGGAAAUGCCACACUUACUGUCAAAAAACGAUUUAACACUCACUACAUUAUGCACUUUAUUACUGAAGUACUUAUCCUGUGUGAUGUUUUAUGCACAACCAAAAGCAUUUUUUAUAUCUCAGAUUGCAUCUUUUUGAAAAUCAGUAAACUGUAUAACUUUAUAACACAAGCCGCCCAUCCAAUGCAAGCGCAAAGAUCUGUUUUUCCUCAAUCCAAUGCUGUAUUUUGGUCUGCAGUCUGUUCAUUAUUGCAUACUUCGUCAGACCCUUAGCUGCCCAUGCAUACUAAAGUGUCACCGGUCACAGAAAGAGAGUAUAAUAAACACAAAGUGACAGGUUAAAUCUAGCAAGGUCAUAUUCGUCUGGAAAGGCUGGUGAAUAAUACAGAAACCUGACGUCCAUUUAGAUCGCAAAGCACUUAUACCAGUGAAAAAAAAAAAAAAGUGUAAUAUCGUUGUGUGGUCUAUCGCAAUGUUAGUGGGCUUUCCAUCCGAGAAACCAAGAUAGGAAUCCCUCCAGUUUUGGGGAAAGAGUGCUUCCGGGGAUUAUACAAGAAGAUGUUGUUUUCAUUUGAUUGUAAAUAAAAUAGUGAGAAUUUUAAUUUAUGCCAUAAAUUAUUGUUAUUUUGGAUGUAAAAUGGGAUAUAAUCUAUCUUUUGUAUAAGUAAGUACCUUUGUAGUUUUUAUUUAAUGUGUCCUGAGUGCAAAAAUAAAUAUGCAUGUUUCUUA